UCCAAACCCUCACUCUCUGCUUUUUGUCCACCGGAAUUAAACAGGGUUUCUACUUUUUAGUGAGAGAAUUUUAGAGAGAGAGACGACGGCUACUGUUCGCUGUCUUGGAAUCUGGAGAAGGAUUGCGUCAAGCGGCCAUCGUCGGAACACGACUUAACGAGCCUCGGGUCUUUCCCGCCGGCGUUCAUUAUAAGCCCUUCUAGUUCGCCAUGGGAGCAACUGGUACAGUCCGGCUACAGAAAAAUCUAGACCCGGGCGCCGAAGAGUUCAGACCCGGAAAUUACACGAAUCCAACACAAGUCACGGCCGCCGUCUUCGGGCCGCCGCUCCGCCAUGUUUAUUAUUCGUUCCCGCCACCGGUGAACGAACCGUUUGGCAGCGCGGCGUUAACCUAUACUCCCCAGUUUCCGGUUAACGCGGCGUAUGUGAAUCCAUUGGAGGAAAUUGUGCUGCCGCAGGUUCAGCCUCUGUCCCCGUGUCCGACUCGGUCGCUGUUACUGAGCGCGGUGCCGAGUGACGUGAGCGAGUCAGUGGUGCGCAGAGAUUUGGAAGGGUUCGGAGAUGUGAGAGGGGUUCAGAUGGAGAGAAUCGGGGAUGGAAUCGUGACCGUCCAUUUUUACAAUCUCAGGCAUGCAGAAAGGGCCUUGCGAGAGAUGAGGAUCCAACAUUCGCUGCGUCAAAAGCAAUUCCGCAACGACCAUUCUUGGUUUCCGCAGAACAAUUUCGGUCCCCCGCCGCGGCUGGCUCGUGCCCUAAUCGGCGGCCAUCCCGUGUGGGCCGAAUUCGUUAUUCCGGCGAGUAACACCGCCGUACCGGACGGGAACAACCAGGGCACCGUCGUGGUUUUCAAUUUGGAUUCGGAUGUUUCCGCCUCUACUCUCAAAGAAAUCUUCCAGCGUUUUGGUCUUGUGAAGGAAUUGAGGGAGACGCCAUUGAAGAAGCAUCAAAGAUUCAUCGAGUUUUUCGAUGUGAGAGACGCCGCGAGGGCUGUUAAAGAGAUGAACGGCAAGGAAAUUCACGGCAAGCCGGUGGUCGUUGAGUUCAGCCAUCCCGGCGGACAUAGCCGGAAGUUCUUCAAUCCCAUGAUCGCCGCCGGAACACUGCGUAGUAGACACCAGCAGCAGCCUCCUCCAGCUCGGCCUCAUCGCCCAUUCUAUUCGCAAGCUCAAUUUUCCCCCAAAAAAUUGCACUAUGUGAACGGUCGGAGCUUUAAUUACGCGGAUAACGUUGUGGACAAGUUGCAGCCAUUGAAUUGCAGUGGAAAUGGCGGUAAUGGAAUUGAAAGAAGGGAUUCAGUCGGCACUUCGAGGAGGAUAAACACGAAGAAGAUUAUCAAUAGGCAGUCUCCACCGGCCUUAAAACAAGAACCUCAACCCAGGAUUAGUAUUAGGUUGAGGAAGAACAAUUUCUUGAAGAAGUGCGAUCCUCGCUUCUCAAUAAGCGAAAACGCCAUGGAAGAUGAAAAAUCCGAUUGCGGAGAUUCCAGGACCACUGUUAUGAUCAAGAACAUACCCAACAAGUACAGUCUGAAGCUACUGCUGAAGAUGCUGGACAAGCAAUGCAUGGAGUGGAACGAAGAGAUAGCCAACGAUGGCAAGGACCUGCCUUUGUCCUCCUAUGAUUUCGUAUAUCUUCCUAUUGACUUCAAGAAUAAAUGCAACGUUGGAUAUGGGUUUGUGAAUAUGACCUCCCCCCAAGGAGCCUGGAGAUUGUACAAAGCUUUGCAUCUUCAACCCUGGCAAGUUUUCAACUCCAGAAAAAUCUGCCAAGUUACCUACGCUAGACUUCAGGGAUUAGAAGCACUGAAGGAGCAUUUUAGGAACUCAAAGUUUCCGAGGGAGAUGGAGCAGUAUGAAUUGCCGGUGGUGUUUUCGCCUCCUCGGGACGGCGUUCAACUGACGGAGCCUGUUGCCGUCGCCGGUGACAUGCAUGUUGAAGGCGGCGAUGACGGAGGAGGCCGCGGAUGAAUCGGAGGCGCCGCUGGGUGGCGGCGGUGAAAAUAAUGGU